UCUCGGUCUGAGCUCGAUUUUGCAUUCUCGUGCUCGAGUGCUCUGGCGGGUCGAUUCUGCAGCAGAUGGUUCCAUUGCUGGGUUGGCGUCUGGUGUGAGGUGCUAUUCGUGCCAGGAGGCAGCUGGUCGCGUUGUCUCGAGGUUGCAGGUUCUGUUCUGGUCGGUGGUUUUGGUGGCGGAUGUGACUCCACCACGCGGAGAUGGAGAGGAGUCUGAAGGGCUUGCUGUAGUGGGGUGGAAAUUUGUGGACGGUUUGCGAGGUUUUUAUGAUAUGGAGGCUUCUUUGGUAGUUAGUCGUUUUUGGAAUCCUCGGGCGUCAGCCGGCCAGCAGCUCGGAUUGGCUUUGGCGUCGCCCAGCGUACCAGCGUGCAGAAAUGGAGUGAGGGCUUUUUCCAGUUUCCGCGGGCAGCAGCUUAGUAGACGGCCACUCAAACAUGUACUUUCAAAUAAAACUGAGAGAUUACCUGUGGGAGUAGCCAGAUCCCAUUCUCAUCAUCAUCAUCCUACACCAACUCCAGGGGUCCCACCAACAGGGGCUGAAGAUGGAGCAUUUUUGGAUGACAUGUCCCGCUUUGUUUACAAGAAGAUUAGCGCUGCCCUUCAGCCCUACCUUCCCAAGGAUAUUGAUUAUCUCGACUGGCUCCCCGAGGGUAUUCACAGCAAAUUGCACAACUCCGAGGCUGCGGCUAUACUUGUGCUGCGCGAGUUUUUUCAUUUUGGACUAUUCUAUUUCGUGUUCAUUCGAGUCGAUGGCUUCUGCAAGUGGUUACACUGGCUGUACAAUAUCAAUGUGAGGAAAGGAAAGAAUUUGACAGAUGAGGCCUAUCAAACCUCCAAUUUCAAUGUGAUGACUGGUCCCCUGCGACUUCUUGUGGUGGUUUGGGCCGGCACUCGACUUUUAAGUGUCUGCGCUCCGCUUCUGAGAAUUAAACUUGGAGUUGGAAUGAUCGCGAAGACAAGGGAAACCGCGAUAGUAGUAGCACUUACGUGGUUUUGUUUCAAAUGGAAGCAAAAAUAUGUGGAGCAUCUGACCACUGUAUACAAACUUGACGCUCCACGUAUUAUUGCUUUCGACAAGGUUGUAUCCCUACUUAUGUACUUCGUAGCUCUGUCCUGCAUCGGGGAGGUCAACGGAUUUGCUCUCCGGUCUCUUUUGGCUGUCGGAGGAUUUUCUGGAGUUGCAUUGGGUCUGGCAGCGAAGGAAAUUGUAAGCAACUUUUUUGGGGGUGCUUUACUCUUCAUCACGAGGCCUUUUGUAAUCGGAGAGCGAAUUAAGGCUGGAAAUACCGCUGGCUACGUGCAAGAUAUUGGAUUUCUGCAAACGAAGAUUCUGAGCACCGAAAGGGUUCCUAUGAUCGUACCAAACCAAAGCUUCAUCAAUCAGGUGAUUACCAAUUACUCCAGAGCAAACAACAAGUUGCUGGACGCAGCGUUUCCGAUUCGCAUCCAAGAUAUCUUUCACGUGGAUCGGAUCACCCAGCGCGUUGCAAGUUACUUGAAGGCAAAUCCAGAUGUUGAUACAAGCAAAUCCACUCCGGUGUGCUACUUGAAGUCUGUACAUGAGGGCGGAGUGCAAAUUGCCAUGACUUGCAUUGUUCGACCAACAGGAGGGUCGGAGUUCUACAGAGUCCAGCAAGUCAUUCUGAUGCGAGUGGCGGAGAUCAUUGUGAGCGAAGGUGCAUCUCUUGGAGCCAGUGGACAGUGGGCUCCUGAUAUUCCUCCAUGGGCUAUGUGCCCAGAGCCGACCCCUGGACUACUUGACGACACUCCAGUCACGUAAAUCAGCAGCAGCAGGGAAGGAGUUCAUGUAACUAUUUGCCUCGUACAAAGACGCUGUUUAGCUUUAAUAUACGACUGGCAAGGAGAAAUGCCUGUCAUGCGAUUGUGAGCAGUCAGAUCGAUCAUCUUUUCUAUCACUUGCAGUGAGCCAUUGUACAAUACUUCCGAGCAAUAAAUCAUGACACGACUUAAGCUGUGUUCGU